GAAAUCUGCUACAACAUUUUGAUUGGCCUGGUAUGAAAGGAUCUGCUCACAAGUUCGCGGUUGAGUGUCAAGUGUGUCAAUGAAUCAAACCAUCGAGGAAAAAGCUCCUGGGGCUGUUGAAACCUCUUCCCAUUCUCGACGGUCCCCCCAAAUCCGUCUCUGCCGAUUUCACGGAUAUGGUCACCACAAGGGGUUGUAUAGGGACCUCCCCCUACACGAAGCAGCAGGAGGAGGAAGCUGCGAGCAUUCUGGUGGAGCAGAAAGCGAGGAAGGAGAACAAAGAGCUGGAGAAGAAGGCCAAGAAGGUGGCCUUAUUGGCAAAGAAGGCCAAGAAGGAGAAGGAACUGGAAGAAGAGUUAAAACGGUUGCAGAAGGAGAAAGAAGCAGCUGCAACAGCUGUAGAAGAAGAAGAAGAAGAGGUGGAGGUUCCUCUGCAAAAACCAGUGAGAACUGAAGAGAGAGGGGAAUCUAGUGGUGCCCGUGAGAGAGAGGCGAAUAUGGAGAAGAUGGUGACUGAAUGGGUGGCAAAUCCGGCCCGAGGGGAAGAGGAAGAAACUUUGUUGCUUGUCCCUCAGGCAGAAAGGGAAGCGGUGGAACAGGAAUUGCGAAGCGAGGCGGAUCCCUUGCGUCGACAGACCAAGGUGGAUGAGAAGAUGUUGGAGUGGAAGUUGCGCCUUGCAAGGGAGAGAACGAGGCAAUUGGAGGCGGCGAAGAAGAUAGAAGGAGAGUUGAGAGCAGCUGAAGAGCAGCAGGGGCAACUGGGAGCACAAGUCGAUCUCAACAGAAAAGUAGAACUCUUAUCCCAGAACGCGGAUGUCAUGCUGAGAGCUCAGCAAGAACAAUUGCACUAUCUUAGGGGCCAUGAUAUUGCCUUACAGUCUAUGCACAUAGGCUUGAAGGAUUUUGCACGUGACAUGAUGAUGAGUGUUGCAAGCAAAAUGCGUAUUGCAGUGGAAGGCAUAAAAAAAUUCUGCACGGGUGCCAUAGAACGCGCCAAGAUAGCGGCCCCCAAAGAAGAGGAGGCACGACCACAUCGUGAGCGCGUUAAGGCCAGAUUCCCUAAACCCAAUGGUGGGAAGAAGGGAGAGGACUUUGAUAAUUGGGAAGCCAAUAUUAAGUCCUGCUUGCACUUACAGGACAUUGCGCCAGAGAACCAUGUUCUUGUGGCCUUUCAGGCACUAAAGGAAGAAGCGUCUAGUCUCGCUAGGUCGCUUGCCCACGCUGCCAAAUGUGACAAUGACAUGGUCACAUACUCCUCCAUCACUACUCUGCGUGAGUUUCUGGAGGCCCUCCGCAAACGUUUUGCAGAUGUCACUAGGCGCCUUGGGGCAUCUGAUAAGCUGCAGACAAUUCACGCGCAACAGUGGAGGAGUGCAAGAGCACUCAAAGCCGCCAUGGAUGAUCUUGUCGCUAUCCCUGGACAUGGGGUCAUUGAGACCCGACUUGUACCUGGACUGAACCUUCAGGACAACCAGGUUCUCUACAUCUACUCACGUGCAUUGCCCGAGCCCAUUCGUGGACAACUCGUGGCUGAAUUGAAGUCAGAGGAUGGCUCUUCUUUCGCCUGUCGUCUAGACCACCCUGACACAGUACUUUGUUAUGUUUCGUUGGACGAUUCCCUUGACGAUCUCGACAAUGAACUGAUAGCACUACGGAGCUCGUGGGCGAAGAAAGCGAAGUCCAAGGGUGAGUUGAUGAUUGCGGACAUUCAAAUUGCGCACACGAGAGUACCGGGGUUGAACCUUCAGGACAACCAGGUUCUCUACAUCUACUCACGUGCAUUGUCCGAGCCCAUUCGUGGACAGCUCGUGGGCGAAUCGAAGUCGGGUAAGUAUAACUAUCGACUUUUUCGUGAUCUCGCUCUCCAACGAGAGCAGAUGACCGCGCAGGUAAAAGGGUCUUACGCUUCGGUGGUGAAAUCGAGACCGGUAGGAGGUUAUGACAAGCGGGUCCUUUGGCGGCAAAAGCGCCAGGACCAUAUGCUUGUGUUAUUUGACGAUGAGACUGUAGAGAAGUUACCUCUGGAAGAGUCUGAGGGAGGAGGAGGUAACGGCAGCAGUGAGUCUGGGAAGGGUGACAUCAUUGCUGUCAUGGCCAACAAGGGAGGCCAAAACCAGUGGAAGAAGAAGAAGAAAGAGGCCACGCUCGUUUCUCGAGCACCCCGGCAUUGCAUUCUGAACGCCUUGGGAAAAGAUGAAUAUGACUCGAGAGGAAUGGCAGUCCAAAAUAGGAUGACUCUUCUUCCGCCCGUCGUGCAGACCACCCUGACACAGUACUUUGUCAGCAAUGAACUGAUAGCACUACGGAGCUCGUGGGCGAAGAAAGCGAAGUCUGAGGGUGAGUUGAUGAUCGCGGAUAUUGAGAUUGCGCACACGCGAGUAGGUGCUUUGUUAGAUCCAGGAUCGACGCGGUCUUAUAUCUCAGAGAAGGCAAUUCGAAAGUUGCAUCUGGGAAUGAAGGUAAAGGAUAUACCUAGACCUAUCACGUCUAUACUGGCUGACAAGAGCACGAUCACUGUCUCUCAGUAUGUCGAUCGUGUUAAGUGUUACUUCAGGACCAAGGAAGUCAUGCCUUGCGAUGGUCUUCUGCAUGGCGUGGUUGGCUUGAUUGGCUUGAUUGACUUGAUUGGCUUGACUGGCUUGAUGGUCUGGAUGGGCUUUAUGGGCUUGAUUGGCUUGAUGGGAUUCCAAAUGGCCUGCUUUCCUGUUGUGGAGGAAGUGGGAGCAGGGAGAGUGGCACUAAGUUUGACAGCGGCGGUGCGGAAACGUUGCCGAAUUUUUGCGGCGGCAGCACUGAGUUUGACGGCAGUAGUGCGGAAGCGCUGAAAGUUUUUUUACAACAAAGGCACAGGAUUUACGGCAGUGUUGGCGGUAUUUUUGCGUUGAGCAACAACUGGGCAUUGGCGCAAUGAAGGUGCCGAUGGAGU